AUGCCGGAAAAGACGGAGAACAUGGACAAUAGCGACGCCGAGAGUAUAGGCGGGCAGCGCAACGAGUUAUCCCAAAAGAGGCUGCUCAUCUCCAUCGCGGCUCUCUCAGUCUGCCUGUUCGUCUCCUUUGUCGACCAGACCAGCGUCUCGACAGCAACGCCCGCGAUCGCGGGCGAGCUCAACACCGGCACUUCGACAUCGUGGGUGGGCGCUUCGUUCCUGAUAGCCUCGACCGCUUUCCAGCUCAUCAACGGGCGGCUGUCCGACAUCUUUGGGCGCAAGAACCUGCUGCUCAUCUGCCUCUUCCUCAUGGCCGCGGGCGACUUGGCCUGCGGCUUCUCCCAGUCCGCAGAGCAGCUGUUCGCGUUCCGUUCCAUUGCUGGUAUUGGCGGAGGCGGCAUCAACAGCCUGGUCAUGAUCAUUGUCAGCGACAUCACCACCUUGGCGAAUCGAGGCAAAUACCAAGGCAUGCUAGGUGCCAUCAUCGCCCUUGCCAAUGGCAUUGGCCCCUUUCUUGGCGGCGCCGUCGUUGACUCGUCCACAUGGCGCUGGGUAUUCUGGAUGAUCCCCCUGAUCACGGCACCGACCACUGCUGUCAUCUGGUUCUAUCUGCCACUGAAACACCGAUCGGGGGACUAUGUUGCCAAGAUGAGGCGGAUCGACUACGGGGGCAUUCUUCUCAACCUGGCAUCCACGCUUCUGCUUCUCGUGCCUUUGUCGGGGGGCGGUGUCACAUAUGCCUGGGCAUCGCCGUUUGUCGUUUCCACCCUGGCGCUGGGGGCCGUGCUCUUUGUCCUGUUCGUGCUGUACGAAUGGAAGCUCGCCAAGCUGCCCAUCAUGCCACUGCGACUGUACCAGGCCCCUCACUGCUCUGCGUUGUACGCCCAGACGUUCCUCACCGGGCUGGCGUACUUUGGCAACUUCUUCUACCUACCAAUCUACUUCCAGUCGAUACUGCAAUACUCGGCUUUGGAGUCAGGGGCUCUGAUCCUCCCCGUCGUCAUCACCACGUCGGCCACUUCGAUACUGUCGGGCCUGUACAUGGCCCGAAUGCACAGGUACAUGCACUGUAUCCUCGUCGGCUUUAUGCUGUGGACGCUGGGGAACGGCUUGACGCUCAUGUUUGACCGCGACACCAAGAUUGGACCUCUGAUUGGGAUUUUGAUCGUCGAAGGCGCCGGCAUUGGACUGACGCUGCAGCCUACGCUCGUCGGCAUGUACGCCAACGGACGCAGCGAGGACCGCGCCGUGACGACCGGCCUGCGCAACUUUAUACGCACCAUUGGCGGUGCGUUUGGACUGGUCAUCUCGGGUGUCCUGCUCUCCAACACGCUCAGCAAGGACCUGGCCGGCAGUCCCUUGAUGUCGGCUGACUUUAUCGCCGAGUUGACGUCGUCGACUUAUGCGCUCGAUCAGCUUGACAUUGCGACGGAGGAGAAGGAUCGCAUCUUGGAUGUGUACAUGUCAGGGUUGCACCGCAUCUUUAUCUUUUACACGUGUUGCUCGGGACUGAGUAUCCUGUUGACAGCCUUGGUGGGCAACACGACACUCAAGCCACCGGCGGAAGAGAAGCCUUCGGUGACGGAGUCCUCGGAGCAGCAAUCUGAUUCUAACGUAGGCUCGCUUGGCGACCAAGAUCCCGAGAAGGGAACUGGUGUGGUGGAUGAGGCUGCUAUAGGCACGAGAGACGGCGAUGGGGGAAACGAGCGUCAAGGUGGUGGGCCGACCACAUAA